AUGCAGACGCAGUUCUUGCUUCUGGUCUUGGCAUUUAUGCUUGCAGGAGAUGUUUUCUGCGGUGACAUGGAGCAGACACUGAGCGAAGGUGGCGGUCGAAAGGAAACCAGCCUGGACGUGGACAGUGGCAAGUUGGCACCGGAGCUACAGGAACCAACGCAGAAGACUGAGGGCGGUGACGAUAGCAGCGCCAAAACCACUGAGGGUGAGGCCAAGACGGAAGAGAAGGACGGAGAUGUGCAGGUGGAGUCUGAGGACGACGAGUCCAAGGAAGGCGCGGCCGAGGAGGAGGAGGACAAGCCGAAGAAGCCCAAGUUCGAGCAGGACACCGCUCCCACGCUCACUCACGUCGACAUCGAGGCCAUGGGAGUCAAAGUCGAGAUGAACGUCUUCAAGCUGAACAUCUCAAACUUCUACGAAGUGGUGAACAACACGCGGUACAUGCUCAUCAACUUCUACGCACCAUGGUGCGAGCACUGCGUGAAGCUGGAGCCCGAGUACGCGCGGGCGGCCCUGAUACUUCGUCGGCGAGAUCCCCAGGUGAUUUUGGCCAAGGUGGACACCACUGUGGAGCAGAAGCUGGCCAACCGUUUCAGCGUCAACAAGUACCCGACGCUCUUUUUCUCGCACCGCGGAAACACAACAGAGUACGAGAACACCUUUUCGGCUGAAGGCAUCGUCGACGCGAUGGCCGAGAAGACGGAUCCAUGGUUCGAGCCACCCCCGGAGGCGUCGUUGGAACUUACUGGUAACUUCACGAUGACAAUCAACAACGCCAAGCUGAUGCUCAUCUACUUUUAUGCUCCAUGGUGCGGCCACUGCCGCCGCUUGUCUCCCGAGUUCGAGCGAGCUGCGCGGCGCCUGAAGGAGUUCAACAUCCCUCUGGGCAAGGUGGACGCCACCAAGGAGAAGAGCCUGGCCGAGGUCAACGAGGUGCGCAGCUACCCGACGCUGCUGCUGUACCGACGCGGACGGCGCUUCGAGUACAACGGCCCCCGCGAGGAGGCCGGCAUCGUGAACCACAUGCUCAACCUGUCCCAGUACCCGAGCAAGGAGGUCAGCACGCUGAAGCAGUUCAAGAAGGCCAUCCACCCGAUCACCAUCACCGUGCUCGCAGUUUUCAGCAAGACCCGCGGACCUUUCUACAAGGAGUUUGAGGCUGCGGCGAACAACCUGCGCGGCCGUCACACUUUCUACCACACCUACUCGAUGGAGCUGGCCAGGCACUACAAGGUGACCGAGAACUCGCUCGUGCUCAUCCACCCCGAGAUUCUGCAGUCUCCGUACGAAGAGCCCUACUACACAUUCAGCCGGCCCGAUGCGACCCAAGUGCACAUGGAGCGAUUCAUGGAGGAGCACCUGUUUCCCCUGGUCGGCUUCCGGGAUGUGGCCAAUCUCUGGAAGUACAUCAACAAGUAUCCCAUUGUCGUUGUAUUUUACGACGUCGAUUUCGGCUUCGACAACAAGGAAGAGACACAGCGCAUCCGGCACAAGGUUCUGAAGGUUGCCCAACAGUACAAGGGCCGCGCGCUGUUCGCUGUGUCGCACGAGACUGACUUUGAGGACGACCUGAAAAGCCUUGGUCUCGAGGACAGCGGCGCCGAGGUCAACGUGGGCAUGUGGAUGUCCGAGCGCGAGCGCUACCGCAUGGCACCAGUGGACGACUUCAAGAGCGCAAAUCUGCGGAACUUUGUUGAGUCCGUGCUUCAAGGCACCCUGAAGCAGUACGUGCGGUCCCAGACGCCACCACGUGAGCAGACGAGGGACGUGCUCACGGUCGUGGGUAGCACAUUCGAGGAGCUGGUAAUGGCCUCAGACAAGGACACUCUCAUUAUGUUCCGUGGUCCUGACUGUCACAUGUGCGACGAGCUGGUAGAAGAGCUCGAACUCUGCUACAACCGUAUCGACUACCAGGCUCCUGACCGCUUCCAGUCAGCCAUCAUCGACGCCACGCAAAACGACUUCCCAGGCAUUUUCAAGGUCGAUGACUUCCCUACCAUUUACUUUGUAUCCGCUAAGGACAAGAUGCACCCCAAGUUGUUCCAGGGCAUCCGCAAAGCUUUCGGUCUGAUCAAGUUCGUCAAGGAAAAUUUCUCCUAUGACAUCCCUGACCGCUCAGACUUCAGCGUCUUCCCCGCCUUCAAGCGGCCCAAGCCACCCAAGGAUGACAAGAAGGCGAAGGAUGACAAGAAGGCAGAUGAUGACAAAAAGGCGGAGGAUAAGAAGGCGAAGGAUGACAAAGCCAAAGAAGAGAAAAGCGAGGAUUCCACCAAGAAAAAGGAAGAGUUGUAGUUUUUUUUUUCUAUUUCUCACACUUGUUCUCAUUCCUCAUUUCACUAAAAAAAA